GCUGCCAGUGUAUAAAGAGCCUUCACUGUAAAGCAAUGCGCUUCGGACUCUCAGCUCACCAUCAUGAGUGUGGCUACAGUCUGCGUGGCUCUCCUGGCGCUCUCCUUCCCAGCACUUUGUAAUGGGAGCCCACUAUACGUGAUGACCGCGCCCAAUGUGCUGCGGGUUGAAAGUGAUGAAAACGUCGUCGUGGAAGCUCAUGGUGCUGCAGGAAUCAUCGAGGUUGAAAUUCUGGUGCAAGACUUUCCGGCUAAAAGACAGAACUUGUAUUCAAGCAAGCCUAAGAUUAUUCUGAAAGGAGAGAAUAGUUACCAGGUCACAACGCCUAUCAAGAUACCAGCAGAUUCUUUUCAAAAGGAGUCCCGGACGAGUCAGUUUGUCUAUCUGAUAGCAAAAUCGAAUUUGUUCAUUCUGGAGAAGGUCAUCGUGGUGUCUUUCCACUCUGGAUAUGUCUUCGUGCAGACAGACAAGCCCAUCUACACCCCGACAGACACAAUUCUCUACAGAGUCUUCGCUCUAACCCAUCAUUUGGAUCCCACCAGCAACGCCAUCUCUCUUGAGAUUAUGAAUCCGGACGGGAUCAUCAUUAAUAAGGAACAGAUGAAACCGGUCACUGGGAUCUCAUCCAGCUCUUACAAGCUGCCAGAGGUUGUCAGUCCUGGUAUUUGGAAGGUGGUUGCCAAGUAUGAACACACACCCCAGGAAAAUUUCACCUCCGAAUUUGAAGUUAAGGAGUACGUGCUGCCCAGCUUUGAAGUGAAGGUGGAGCCAAUGCAGAAGUUCUUCUACAUUGAUGAUAAUGAGCUGACUGUCGAAAUCACUGCCACUUACCUGUAUGGGAAGAAGGUUUCAGGCAAUGCUUAUGUUAUUUUUGGAGUGCUGGUCGACGAUGAGAAGAAAAGCUUCUCCAGUUCCCUUCAGAGAAUAGCGAUUAACGAUGGCCGGGGAUUGGCUGUUCUGAAAAGAGAAGACAUUUUGAGCUCUUUCCCAGACAUCGACAAACUUCUUCAAAUGCCUAUCUAUGUCUCUGUAACUGUUUUAACACAAAGUGGAAGUGACAUGGUGGAAGCUGAGAGGUCUGGGAUCCAGAUUGUGAAAUCCCCUUACACGAUUCUCUUCACAAAAACUUCCAAAUAUUAUAAGCCUGGAAUGCCUUUUGAUGUGAUGGUGGUGGUGGUGAAUCCGGACGGCUCCCCAGCCAGUAACAUUGAUGUUGUUGCAGAUCCAGGGAAUGUUGCUGGAAAAACCCAGAACCAAGGCACAGUGAAGCUCACCCUCAACACACAGGGGAGCGCUGUACAUCUGCCCAUAACUGUGAAAACAAAAAUGGAGGGUCUCCCAGCACACAGACAGGCACAGGAGCAGAUGAUCGCACUGCCAUAUAUAACACAGUAUGGAUCAAACAACUACCUGCACAUUGGAGUCCAGACAUCAGUACUGGUACCCGGAGAGAAUCUCCCCAUCAAUCUGAACAUCCGCAAUGAUAAUCCAGCAACGUCAGAUCAGAUUCAGUACUUUUCUUACCUGAUUAUAAACAAAGGCAAGCUUCUCAAGGCUGGGAGACAAAUCCGUCAAGCAGGACAGACGCUGAUCACCAUCUCGCUGCCCAUCGAUAAACAAAUGAUACCCUCGUUCCGGUUCGUGGCCUAUUAUCAUGUGACCAACCAGGGCAGACAGGAAGUGGUGGCUGACUCUGUGUGGGUGGACGUGAAGGAUUCCUGCAUGGGAACACUCCUCAUAACCCCAGUCAAUGACAAAGACAGACGGGUCUACCAACCUCGCAAGCAAUUCAGCUUCCGCUUAAGAGGCGAUCCGGAUGCCAAAGUUGGGCUUGUAGCCGUGGAUAAGGGGGUGUUCGUGUUAAACAACAAAAACAAGCUGUCCCAGACCAAGAUCUGGGAUAUCAUUGAGAAGAAUGACAUCGGCUGCACAGCAGGGAGCGGAGCUAGCAAUAUGGGCGUCUUCACAGAUGCCGGGCUGGUGUUUGAAUCAAGUGCUGGCAUUGGUACAAAGUCCCGGUCAGAGCCCCACUGCCCCCUGCCUCCCAAGAGAAGACGCCGUUCAGUCGUUCUGAUUGAACACAAGACAACGCUGGAGAGCAAGUACGCCGACAAGCACAUUAAAAAGUGCUGCAGAGACGGCAUGAAAGAGAUUCGCAUGGACUACACCUGUGUGAAGAGAUCUCAGUACAUCACUUCCAGCAAAGAGUGUGUGGAUGCCUUCCUGCACUGCUGCACCGAGAUUGCAAAGAGGAGGAAGGAAGGGCAGCGGGAUGACCUUACCCUUGCACGCAGCGACGAGGAUGAUGAAUACAUGAGCGAUGAUGAGAUCGUAUCCCGAACAGAGUUCCCGGAAAGCUGGCUUUGGGAUGUGGUGAAGUUACCAUCAGGACCCAAAGACAGGAAUGGGCUUGUUUCCCUGGACCUCAGACACUUCCUGAAGGACUCCAUCACAACCUGGGAGAUCCUGGCCAUCAGUGUCUCACCACAGAAAGACAAGCAGCCGCCUCUCGGGAUCUGCGUGGCGGAUCCCUACGAGGUCACAGUGAUGCAGGAUUUCUUCAUCGAUCUCAAGCUGCCAUACUCCGUGGUGCGCAACGAGCAGGUGGAGAUCAAGGCCGUGCUGUACAACUACGGCUCAGACGACAUAACUGUUCGCAUCGAGCUCCUGGAGAAUGAACUCGUCUGCAGUGCGGCGAGUCAAAAGAGGAAGUACAGGCAGGAAGUUCUAGUGGAAGCUUCCUCAUCUCGGGCCGUACCAUUCAUCAUCAUCCCACUGAAACGUGGGGAGGUAGAAAUUGAAGUGAAGGCUUCCGUAAAAGGGACUCUGGCUUCUGACGGGGUUCGGAAGAAGCUCCUCGUUGUGCCCGAGGGAGUGAAAGUGAAAAAGGCUGUAAGAAGUGUUGUCCUAAACCCCUCCAUCGUGGUAGGUGGGGUACAGAAUGAGUACGUUCCCCCGGUCGACCUGAGGUCUAUUGUCCCCGACAGCGAUGCCCAGACGUUCAUCAAUGUGCAAGGUGAGAUAUUGGGGCAAACCCUUGAAAGUGCCAUUAGUGGAGACAAACUGGGCCAUCUUAUCUCGGUGCCUGGUGGGUGCGGAGAGCAGAACAUGAUCACAAUGACUCCCCCAGUGAUCGCAACUCUCUACCUGGAUAAGACCAACCAAUGGGAGUAUGCUGGGGUGCAACGGAGAGCUGAAGCCAUCAGAAACAUCAAGCAAGGUUAUACUCAGCAGCUGGUAUAUCGUCAGAAGGACAACUCUUACGCUGCAUGGCAAAACAAGCCAGGAAGUACCUGGCUCACCGCGUACGUAGUGAAGGUGUUCUCCAUGGCAUACUCCCUGACGUCUGUGGAUGAGAAUGUGCUGUGUGAAGCCGUGAGAUGGCUGAUUCUAAACAAGCAGCAGCCAGACGGCACAUUCAGAGAAGAUGCCCCUGUUAUUCACGGAGAGAUGGUGGGAGGCCAGAGAUCUUCAGAACCUGAAGCCUCUCUCACAGCUUUUGUCCUCAUAGCUCUGCUGGAAUCGGAAAAAAUCUGCAAACAGCUGGUCCCUUCCUUGCCAAGAAGCAUUGAAAAAUCUGCAGGCUAUUUGGAGAAACGCAUCAAUGGCCUACAGACUCCGUACGCUGUGGCCAUGACGACAUACGCUCUAGCCUUGAGCGGCCGCACUGAUUACGACGCCGUUCUCUUGAGAUUCGCAUCGGCAGAUCAAAGCCAUUGGCCUGUACCUGCAUCCCAUCUCUUCACCCUUGAAGCCACAGCCUACGCCCUCAUGGCCAGUGUGAAGGCGAAACAAUACGAUCGCGCCGGGAAAGCUGUGAAAUGGUUGACUGAGCAAAGGUUCUAUGGAGGAGGCUAUAGCUCCACACAGGCGACCAUCAUUGUCUUCCAGGCUAUAGCUGAUUACAUGGUCGCGGUGCCUCUGGUCCAGGACGUGAACCUGGACGUGGAGCUCAGCUUGUCUGGCCGCAGCAAGCCUGUCAAAUGGAAGAUCAGCAACGACAAUAUCUACAUGCCAAGGUCCGAGAAGGCAAGGAUCGACCAAGCAUUCAACGUGACAGCUAAAGGCGUCGGCCAGGGCACCUUGACCGUGAUGACGUUCUACAAUGCUAUCCCAGAGGGGAAGUCGACCGACUGCAAAAACUUUGAACUGGAUGUAUCAAUCACAAGACCCAAUAACGCGAAAAAACCUGAAGGAGCCUUGGACACGCUAGAAAUAAAAAUCUGUGCAACCUAUCUGGGUACAAGAGACGCCACGAUGUCUAUCGUUGAUAUCACCAUGCUAACAGGAUUCAGACCUGACAAGGACGAUCUUGAAAAGAUGACGAAUGGAGUGGACCAGUAUUUUCAGAAGUUUGAGAUGGACACAGCUCUUUCAGAUAAGGGCUCUCUCAUCCUUUACUUUGACAAGAUAUCUCACAAGGUCAAGGACUGCAUCUCUUUUAGAGUGCACAAGGAGUUUGAAGUGGGUCUGAUCCAGCCAGCUGCAGUCACUGUCUAUGAGUACUACGCCUUAGAGAACCGCUGUAUGAAAUUCUACCAUCCAGACAAAGAAAGCGGGCUGCUGAGCAAGAUCUGCCAAGAGGAAGUGUGCAGGUGUGCCGAAGAAAACUGCAGUUUACAGAAAAAACAAGAUCGUAAAAUCACUGUGAAUCAGAGACUUGACAUUGCUUGUGAACCUGGAACGGAGUACGUGUACAAAGCCAAACUAGUGAGCGCCAGACGAAACUCAACAUAUGAUUACUACACCAUGGUCAUUGAGCAAAUUAUCAAAGAAGGGAGUGAUGAAAAUCCUUUACACAAGAAGAGAGACUUCAUCUCCCACAGCAGUUGCCGAACAGCCCUGGACCUGCAGGAGGGCAGGUACUACCUAAUCAUGGGCAAAGAUCAGGAUCUGUGGAGACUGGGAAGCGGGAUGAGCUACAUCCUAGGAGGCGGGACCUGGAUAGAGUGGUGGCCGACCAAUAAGGAAUGCCAAGAACAUAACAUGCUCGCCACAUGCCAGGACAUCCAAUCAUUCGCAGACGAAAUGGUCUUCGGCUGCCCCAGUUAAACACUGUGUGUGGGGCUAAUCUGGCACUAAGGAGUGCAGAGUCUUUUACCAUAUGUUCUUGCCUAAAAUCAAUUCUCACACAUUAACGUUUGUUAUUAUUAUUAUUAUUAUUAUUAUUAUUAUUAUUAUUAUUAUUAUUAAUAAUAAUUUUUCCAUUGCUGAUUCAGGUAAUGCCAUUAACACAAUAAAGAUUAUUAAAAAAAAAAGAAAAACUGC